CUGAGGCGCCUAAAACCACAGCUGAGCCAACCACAACCACAACUGAGGCACCCACAACCACCACAACUGAGGCACCCACAAAGACAACUGGAGCAACAACAUCAACAAUUGGGGCAACAACAACUACAACUGGAGCAGCAACAACUACAACCCAAUCGACAACAGUUGCUCCAAUACUGUAUACCAUCUCUGCAGCUGUAAAUCAACCCUAUUCAGCUGAUCUGGCCAACAAAAGCAGCAGUGCAUACAAAAACCUUGAAUCCCGCUGUGUAUUUACGUUCACUAUAAUAUAUAGAGAGCGGUUUGGUGUCCUGUUUGACUUCUGCUUUGUAAUACAAUUCAGUAUUUCUACAGUUCAAUCUAGAGCAGAUGCAACUGCAGUGGACAUGGGACUUGUCUUCAACUCAUCUUCUACCACAGGAGAUCUCCCAUCAAAUGCUGUUGUCGCCCAAACAUUAGUAGACGCUGCAAAUAACACUACUAAUAAUUUCAGUGUGAGCAUAAACCCCUCUACAGUUACAGUUUUAUCCAGUCCAGUGUCUACACCUUUUACACCUGCAAAUGCAACUUUAACAACUGUAGCAUCUACAACAUCUACAACUCUACCAACUGCAUCUACAACAACAACAACUACAGCAGCUACAACAGUUGGCAUUUCAAUAAUACCAGUGACAUUCAAAUCUCGCUUGGACACAUUUACAAGUGACUUAAAUAAUCCAUUAUCUGCACGUUUUAUACAGCGAACUGCAACGAUAACAUCACAGCUCAAACCUCUUUUUAAAAAUGAUUUUCCAAGCUUAAUCAACAUGACUAUUGUGAAAUACAGGAAUGGAUCAAUUGACAACUUCUUUGACCUGAGCUUUAGUAGCACAUCCGUUCCUAACAACACUCAGAUUGCAAAUGUUCUGAUUAACGCAUCUUCAUUUGUCACUGGCUUUGACAUUGAUGUCAGCUCCAUCAUUGUGAAUAACAUACCUUCAGGUGGAGUAGCACACAAGAUCAGCCUCGUCACUGCGUCCUGCCUCGUGCUGUUGUCAUUGCUACUGUCAAGCCACCAAUAGUCUGUGCUGAACUAAGGUGAAUCAUAAAUAUCAAAUAAAAUUAAAAUUAAAAUCACUGAAUCAAUAGAAUAUUGGCAAAACUAACAAAAUAUUUAUUAUACCCUGGGAUUUCUUGAACUCUAUUAUAUACUCUACUAUUGCACUGUUUCUUGCUUUUCUGAGCACUGUUUUCUAGCUAAAUUUAACCUGAUGAAGCUUUAGUCUUGUUUGCCUGAUGAAUAAACUGGACAGACUGGAGACUAAACAUUAAAUGAAAUAAAUGGACUUGAACAUAAUGCACAGUAUAAAUGUACAAUUACUGCUCCUAUUUAUUUUAAAUGUAUUUAUUAAAUGUAUUGAUUAUUUAAUCAUAAAUAAUUAUAUCCUGUUCUUUUUUCUCUGACAAAAUAAUUUUCAUAAUAAAGAAAAUAAUGAAAUAUA